AUGCCUAGUUCACGUGGAUUGCGAUCUUUCAUAUCGCUGGCAGCGCGAGCCUUCUCUACCUAUCCACUUAGACAUCCGCAUCAAAUGCCAUCCGCCAUCAUCCAGCCGACUGCUCCGCAUACCGCAACAGUCAUCUUUGCUCAUGGUCUCGGCGAUGAGGGAGAAAGUUGGCGUGCAGCGAUAAGCGGCGAUUACGACUCCAGAAAACCCGGUGAACUGACAAUCCCCGCUCGCCUUCCUCAUGUCAAAUGGGUCUUCCCCGAUGCGCCUCAGCAACCGGUGACGGCAAACUUCGGCGCUCGGAUGCCUUCGUGGUUUGAUCUAUUUAAUAUACCACUUGAACCGGGGCAGAUGUUGGACAAGGUAUUCGAGGAUGACGAGAGCAUGAGGAACAGCGUUCAGAUCGUAGACGACUUGAUUCAAGCAGAAGUGAAAGCUGGAACGCCAGAAAGUCGCAUUGUAGUGGGCGGAUUCAGUCAAGGAGGAGCCCUGGCUUUGACGACAGGUUUGGGUGGGAAAGAAUGGAGGACGAAGAGUUCAGCGGACGGAAGCAAGCUGGCUGGUGUAGCCGUGCUGAGUGGUUGGAUGCCGCUCAAAGACAAGUUCCAGUCGCGAAUUGCCCCUCAUGCCAAAUCUGUUCCAGUAUUCUGGGGACAUGGAACAUCGGAUGCGGUGGUGUAUUAUCGACUAGCGGAGCUUUCAGUCGAAUUCCUUGUAGGACAACUCGGUAUCACGAAGCAUAGCGCUCACGAUAAAGUUGGCGCUCCUGGAAUCAACUUUGAGUCAUAUGAAUGGAUGGGCCAUGCUUCAUGCAAGAAAGAGAUGGAAGAUCUGGCGACAUUCUUGGAAAGUGUCAUACCACGAGAGCAAACCUAG